CGGGCGGCCGCCACCCUCGGGCUCCCCGCAGGAAGCUCACUAUGGCCCUGCGGGGCAGCGCGGGCAGUGCCGGGCGGCGGCCGUCCGCCCCGGCCCGCCGCCGGCCCCGCGCGCAUGGGGCUGUGCUACAGUCUGCGGCCGCUGCUCUUCGGGGUCCCGGAGCGGCCGGGGCCCCCAGCUCUGACCCCCCGGGCAGACGCCGGCGAGGAGCAGAGGCGAGCGGCGGCGCGCGAGGCCCAGAGAGUGAGCCUGGACAUCGACAGCGCGCUGCGCCGGCACCGGCGGGAACUGCAGUGCACGCACCGACUGCUGCUGCUUGGGGCUGGUGAGUCGGGGAAAAGCACCAUCGUCAAACAGAUGAGGAUCCUGCAUGUCAAUGGAUUUAAUCCCGAGGAAAAGAAACAGAAAAUUCUGGACAUUCGGAAAAAUGUGAAAGAUGCUAUUGUGACAAUUGUUUCAGCAAUGAGUACUAUCAUCCCUCCAGUACCGCUGGCUAAUCCCGAAAACCAAUUUCGAUCAGACUACAUCAAGAGCAUAGCACCUAUCACUGACUUUGAAUAUUCCCAAGAAUUCUUUGAUCAUGUGAAGAAACUUUGGGAUGAUGAAGGCGUGAAGGCAUGCUUUGAGAGAUCAAACGAAUACCAGCUGAUCGACUGCGCACAAUACUUCCUGGAGAGAAUCGACAGUGUCAGCUUGGUGGACUACACACCCACAGACCAGGACCUUCUCAGAUGCAGAGUGCUGACCUCGGGCAUUUUUGAGACUCGAUUCCAAGUGGACAAAGUAAACUUCCACAUGUUCGAUGUCGGCGGCCAGAGGGACGAGAGAAGAAAAUGGAUCCAGUGCUUCAACGAUGUCACCGCCAUCAUCUACGUGGCCGCCUGCAGCAGCUACAACAUGGUGAUCCGGGAAGAUAACAAUACCAACCGGCUGCGAGAAUCUCUGGACCUCUUUGAGAGCAUCUGGAACAACAGGUGGUUACGAACCAUUUCUAUCAUCUUGUUCUUGAACAAACAGGAUAUGUUGGCAGAAAAAGUCUUGGCAGGGAAAUCAAAAAUUGAAGAUUAUUUCCCAGAGUAUGCAAAUUAUACUGUUCCUGAAGAUGCGACCCCAGAUGCAGGAGAAGAUCCCAAAGUGACAAGAGCAAAGUUCUUCAUCCGGGAUCUAUUUUUGAGGAUCAGCACAGCCACGGGGGACGGCAAACACUACUGCUACCCACACUUCACAUGUGCCGUGGACACGGAGAACAUUCGCAGGGUGUUCAACGACUGCCGAGACAUCAUCCAGAGGAUGCAUCUCAAACAGUACGAACUCUUGUGAGGCGCGGCCCUCCGCCCCGGACUGCCUGUGUGGGCCGAGCCCUGGGAGAGUAGUGAGUCCCCUUGUCCCCUCCUUCCUGCGUGUGCCCCGGUGUCCCUAGCUGCUGGCUACCUCUGCCCUCCCUCCUGCCCCCUCAGGGUUGGUGCCGUAGCUUUUGUUUCCAUUGAACUUGACAUGCCACCAUCUCUCGCCCCACCCCCAGCAGUUGGACUCACUGUCUGCCCCCUCCCUUCUCUUGGGGGACAGCAGGGAAGUCUGGGGUGGCCCCCCCUGGAGUUGUGCAGUAAUUAGAUCAUCACCUACCAAUUCUUGCAGACUUUGCAAACAGGUGAGAAAUGCACUUUUAUUCAGCUCUCCUGCAGGGGAGGAGAGGCCCAUGCAUGAAGGAGCUGAGCCCCUCAACUUUUUAGCUGAGGACAUGUGGAGGGGGGGGGGCAAAUGGCCCCAUGAGUCCACAUCCGCCUGCUGCUUGAAGCAGGCCCUUUGCUGUCAGGUGAGAGCUGCUGCCAGCCUCAGGCCUUUCCACUGAACUUCGAGCCUUUCCAUUUAGGCAACUGACCUGUCACAUUUCGCUCAAUCCUGCACACCGAGUCCUGCCUCUCUGUCAAAGGCUUCUCUGGCUUUCACUCGCUUGGUCAUUAUUCUCUUUCCAUAUAUUAUCUUCUGCUGUUGGUUUGUUGCUGGUUUACCAAAUGUAACCUUAUUUUGUAUAACUACUAAAGAGAAAUACUCAUAGUUCUUUGUGCCUUGAUCAUGGCUAUACUUGUAAAAAAAAUAAUAAUAAUGUGUUCUUAUUGUGCUGAACAGCUAAAUGUCAACAUUCUCUGUCACUUGCUCUGAAAAAGGGAAUGAAUGGUACUGUAGAGUUUAGGACACUUUUUCAUGUUGGUACUUUUAAAAAUUCCUUUAUUUGAUUAUAUAUAUAAAUUAUAAUCAAAUAAAGGAAUUAUAUAUAUACAUAUGAUAUGUAAGACUCAUAUACAUCUUAUGAAGAAUGCUGUAUCACAGUUUCUUUCAGGGUUCUCAAGAUAUUUUCUUUUUUUUUUUUUCCCCAUCCAGACAGUGUGUUUCUCAGUCAUUUUUCCCUUUAGAGACUUUUCCAUGUUCCCUGAGUGGGGAGAGGCCAGCCAUUCCCAUAAUCAAAGUGCCUGGCCCAUGGGCAUGAUCACAGGCUCUAUCAUAAACCAAGAGAAAGAAAAAGAUCAGAAUUUCUCAAUGUUUGUGUCUGGCCCAGGAGAAUCAAAACAUGGCAUCUUCAUUUGGCUUGUGAAUAACAACCAUUAGGAAAAUUUUAUUUGAUAAAGUUAAACUCUGUGGCUAUUUUCACACUUGAAAGAUUUGCAAGUGCAGCUUCAAACAUGCUGACUCAGCAGCUAGAAAGCAAGAUCAAGGUAUGCUGACACUUCAUAGUCGCAUCACAGACACAGCUUGGGGGUAGUUUUCUUAGGUUGAAGAUAAUCUGUGAAGCUUUCCAGAGUACAUUAAACAAUGCUGCUCCCGAAAAGUGACAGUCUAAUCCAGUAACCCUGAUGCAUUCAUUUCCUUCUGAACUUUUGGUCUUUGUAAUCUACAAAUUGGCAUUUUUUAAUCCUUACAAACUCUUCCACAUUUUGGGGAUACUUUUCCAUAAAAGGAAGGAUCACACUUUAUAGACAAUGAAUAGCAGAAACAUACUUUAUUUCAUUGUCACAAAGUUCCCAUUUCAUAAAACUCAUUUGAACUUAAGACAUAUACAGUGGAGACUGUUUCCAUUUCACAUUGUACCUUCAAAGUAAAACAUGAAAUUUAAAGAUAUGCACCCACACACAUACACAAAAUUGAAGCUAAGUGUAUGGUCUAUGCUUUUCUUCUCAACAAUUCUCCUCUAUCUUCCUAUUUAAAAGCUACACUGCCGGGUGCCAGAGCAGUAGUACAGCAGGUAGGGUGCUUGCCUUGAACACAGCCAACUAGGGUUCAAUCCCAAGCAUCCCAUAUAGUUCCCCAGCACCACUAAGAGUGAUCCCUGAGCAUCACUGAGUUUGAUCCCAAAACAAACAUGCAAACAAAGCUACAGGGCAGAUCUCUCUCUCUCUCUCUCUCUCUCUCUCUCUCUCUCUCUCUCUCUCUGUCUGUCUGUCUGUCUGUCUGUCUGUCUGUCUCUCUCUCUCUCUCUCUCUCACACACACACACACCUCAUAUUUUAUCAGGUCAGGCUUUAAAUUAUCAACAUGUUUGUUUAACUAGCAAAAACAAUAUCCUGGUCCAUAUUUCAAGUUUCUCUUGAUCACAAGCAAGCGCAAAAUCCAGAUUUUAAAACUUGGUCCUCUGGAGAGAAAACAGUAUCUUAAAAUCUGGAUUCCUCAUGUAGCACAAAAAGUACAAACAUCUGCAAAACCAAUAUAUUCCUUCUGGUAGUAUCCAUACUUUUAAGUGUAUGGAAUUAAAAUUGAAAGGAAUUUGAGAACCACGUUAUAGACAAAGCAAACCCACUGUCUAUCCCACAUAAUCCAGAUUGUGUUCCAGGGCUGCAGGCUCCAUCUUGGAGAAGGAGAGACUCUCUAGUGCAUGCAAAUGAUGACAUUAAUAGCUUUUAAAUACUGUACAGAUACAACCUUUGAUUAUACAUAUAUUUGAUAAAAUGAGAAAACAAACUUGUUGUAGAGUACGUGUCCCAUUUUUAUAGCAUGAGAACAGUAGAACCAACUAGGUACCCCCCAGUGAUUCACACGGUGACUCAGGACUCCCGUGAUGUGCAUCAAGGUAGCCUAUUUCGGUGUCAUCUCACCUGGGCACUGCCCGAAGUUCCAAGUCCUUGGCUUUGUGAUUUAGGACUCAAUGCAGAAGUCUCUGGCUCCUCACUUUGUCUUGUAUUUCCACAGUAGGUUCCAACCAAAACCAAAAUGAAAAGGUGAGGGUAGAUACUUCAAGUGGAGCAAUACGAGGAUCACAAGCAGCCCAGCUGCCCCAGCGUACGUGGCGAGCACCAUGGUCUCUGUGGGGAGGUAGCACUUGGCGAGCGCAUAGUCUCUGGAUGUCAGGCUGCCCUGGAAGGGAAGUGAGUCCACGAGUGGCAGUGUGAGCCCCCACACAUCAGCAUGACUUAGAUCCCGCAGGGGAAAGGCAGCCGGUUGGGGCCUAGCCUUCCGCCUAGACAGACCACCCCCUGCCCACCACAAACACUGGCCAGGGAAGGGAAGGUCCAAGAGUGCUGAGUGCGGACAGACAAGGUGCUGGCCUCUCCACUGCAAACUAAAUCCAGAAUCAUGAGUUCUUCUAAAAUACUGUGGGAGCUGGAGAAAUAAGAUGGCAGGUAGGCGCUUGCCUGGUACCCCAUAUGAUCCCCUGAGCCCUACCAGGAGUGAUCCUUGAUCCCUGAGCACCACCAGGUGUAGCAUUAAAACAAGAUGAGCAGAAGAAUACAGUGGCAUGUUGACCAAUGCCCAAAGAUCUGCAUCUGUCAGUUACGUAGCUGACAUCUAGAGGCAGCGUCAUCCAGAAACAAGGAAUCCAGGCGAUUUAUUUUUCAUGCCACUUGAUGCUAUUUUAGUUUAUUUAUUUUAAAUAAACUUUUACCUAGA